AUGCAGACUCAUUCUGCAGGAAAUACUUCAUUCACAACUUUCAAAUUCGGUGGUUUCCAUACUUUGGGGGAAUGGAGACCUCUUCUUUUCAUUCCAUAUUUCCUUAUGUUUUUAUUAUCUACUGUCUCAAACUCCAUUCUUAUAUAUUUAAUUAUAUCUCAGAGGACCCUGCACUCUCCUAUGUAUAUACUAAUAGGCCUUUUGGCUGUUGUUGACUUGUGUUUGCCAAUAUUUUUUGUACCAAAUAUGCUGUUUAGCUUUUUACUUAACUGGAACUGGAUUUCUCUCACAGGCUGUUUAAUACAAAUGUUUUGCAUUCAUUAUGUUGGUACAUUUCAGUCUACUCUUCUGUUGUGGAUGGCGGUGGAUCGAUUCUUUGCUAUAUGUAGACCUCUUUAUUAUCACAAACAUAUAGGACUCUGUAACUUCCUUAAGUUUGUUACAGUGCCACUUAUUAGAAAUAUAACUUUAAUUAGUACAAUUGUCUGUUUGGCUGCAAAAUUGUCUUUCUGUGAGACAAAUGAAAUAAAUCACUGUUUUUGUGAGCAUAUGGCAUUGGUUCAGCUGGCAUGUGGAGAUAUUUCUAUUAACAGCUUAGUAGGACUUGCAACGGUUUUUCUAAUACCAACUGCAGAUUUUGUUUUCAUUACUGCAUCUUACAUAAUCAUAUUUGCUUCAGUCUUGAAAUCUGGAAAAUCUAAUUUCAAGGCUAUUAACACUUGUGUUACACAUAUAAUUGUCAUAACAGUUAGUUUGUCUUGUGCCUUAAUUGCUUUUAUGUCAUACAGAAUAAGAAAUGAGUUCUCUCCAGGAAGCCGAGUUUUCCUGAGUACAAUGUACUUACUUUUUCCAAGCUGUUUUAAUCCAAUUAUUUAUGGAAUAAGAACUAAAGAAAUACGAGAACAGGUACUAAAAUUUAUUAAGCAUAUGAAGGUAUCGUCAAGUUAA